CUCGUUUGAGCACCAGAAAUACUUAGUUGGAAACAACUAAAUCCUUGAUUUUGCGUAAAAGUUAGAAUGUUAUAAUCUUUCAGCAUGAAUUCAGCGGGUAAGGUCCUGAAUCGGCCGAGGAAGCCUGCUAUAGGAAUGAAAGACUAUUAUAGCCUUGAAGAGAUUAUAAUAACCGAAGAACACAUUUCUAGUACUCUUUUAACUGACGUCAAAGGAUUUGGUUUUUUAGAUCCUUCAAGCGCCGAAAUAUACUUGCGGGCAGGCGCGAAAAUUGACUUACCUUUGUGGAUGGUAGACGUGUUAACCGCCAGGAACUUCAUUAAAAGCGACAUACCCAAGAUUUUUAGUGAUAAAUAUCAGGAAAGGCUACAUGCUGGUGCACAGGUAAUACCUUUAUCCGGAUGGUGCACGCACUAUUAUAGACUAGGGAUUCUUGUAACAAAGCUUUUAAAACUUGAAAACCUGGCUGGUCUUUUGAAAGAAGUUUUUCGAGUGCGUUUUCGACAUAUUAUUCUUUCUGAUCACUCCACUGAAACUGACUCCCGUGAGAUGGCUAAAAGUUUAACUUCGAUGGAACAAUUGCUGGUAAACUGUAAGCUUCGUUCUCAAACAAAUUUUAUGGCGUGGAGGAAAAGAAAAGUUUCUUUAAACUUAAGAGCUUCUAAAUAUCUUGCAUUAGAUAAAGAUGAAGAGGAUGAAUACCGAUGAUUUUCUACUGCUUUUUUAAGUGUUCAGUUAAUUUUGAAAGUUU